CACUUGUAUGGAUCGAGGUGCGAGGGCCACCACAUUGGGAUGAAUGUCGAGUUGGUCAAGGCGGUCUGCCGCCCUUGCCGCGGGGCGGACAGCUUGGGCAUCUGCGGCGGCCGAUGGAGCGAGAUCGAUGGCGCCGAGAAGGCCACGUGCCUGAGCUUCAACGCCUGGGGCACGUUGCUCAGCGUCGGCGAGAAGGACGGCCUCGUCUCGCUCUGGGACUACUCGACGAUCCAAACCAUCAUUCGCGAGCUCAACCCGCGCCUCUACGCGGGGCUGCCCGACUUCAAGCAAGCCACUGUCUGUGCCUGGUCGGCCAACGGCCGAACGCUCGCUGUCGCCUGCGAACACAAGGCGUCCGGUAAGCGGAGCACGCUUCUCGUUUGGAAUGUCGAAAGCUCCGCGCUCGUCGCUGCCGUCGCCCUCGAGUCCAUGAUCACGCACAUCUCGUUCCCACCAAGGUCCGUGUCGCUAGCGCCCUCAAGCCUGCAAGACAACACCCACACGCUGCUCCUGAGCUGCUUCAACGGCGAUGUACUCGAACUUCUCAUAUCGCCGCGCACCGCAGGCGACGAAGCGAUUCCGUCCCCGUUGCAGCUGGUACCGUUCCGACAAGACGCAGCGAGCCCACUAGAGACGCCUGCAGUCCAGUUGCGCGUGCGUCAUGUAGACGUGACGGGUAUGGUCGACGCGAUUUGCGGCGAGUCGUCGGCGACGCCGUCUGUGCGCAACCAGAUACCGAUCGUCCUUGCCAAGUAUGGGCCCGAGCACAUCUACUGCCUCACGAUGCGAGGCCUCCUCGCCAAGAUCGACCCCAUCUCGCUCCAGCUCGUCCACGGUGUACCGCUGCCCCAGGUGCAGCACGUCGACUUGUUUGUCGACGCAGAGACCGUGCUCGUGCCAAGCCUAAAGGGCAUCCACGAGUUUGCCGCAGAGUCGCUCGAGGAAGUGUACUUGUACAACGCUGGCGCGGCCGUCAAGUCGCCGUGGAUCAUGUGCACCAAGUCCCACGACGGCCAGUUCGUCCUCGGGUUGCCGCUGCCCCGGGGCAUCCUCGUCGGCGAAAAAGGCAUGUACCUCUGGAAGCGCCACACGUCGUCGCAAAUGUGGCACGAGACGCGCUUUGGGAUGAACAUGACGGCGAUCGCGUGGCAUCCGGAGAAGGAGUCGCUGACUGUCAUCUCGGCCGCGGGCACCGUCAAUACGCUCGAGAUCGAGUACAAGUCGCCGUGGCCGGGCGCCAUGUACCCCCCGGGGUUCACGCUCAUCACCGACAAUGUCAUCUACGACGAGCCCGAAGACGAGUUUGACACCAACAUCCAGCUCUGCACGCUCGCGCACUGCGAUGCGUCCGAGGUCGUCGACGUCAUGAGUGUCGACGCGCCGCAGACGACGGCGUCGUUCCCGGACGACCUCAAGUACGUACCGGCAUCGCCGCUGGCAACGGGCGAGGCACACAACAUCGACGACGACAGCCAGCGGGACGUCGGCAGUGUCUUUCGACCAAUGAAGCGGGAAAACACGUCGCCGCCCAAAGCUCCGUCCAAGAAGUCCCGGAAAAGCUCCUAGUACACGAUCGUAUCGUCGAGCGGUUUCCGCCGCGUCGUCUUCAUGCGUGCACAUGCUCCGUCAUGACCACCAUACAACCAUCACUAAUCUCUUUAAUCAACAUGUCUUUUUUCUUAGUCGGCAG